AUGGGUUUCUUCCUUCGCACCUUGAGCCUGACGGCUACCGCUGUGGCUUUGGUGACUGCGCAGCCCUAUGGAUGCCCUCCAGCCUCGCCUGCUUCUCCCAGAGCCACUGUCGAGCAAGGGGUGAUCAAAGGCUGUUCCCAGAAUGAUAUCAACGUCUUUCUAGGCAUUCCAUUUGCCGAGACCACUGCUGGCGAGAACCGCUGGAAGGCACCUAAACCCAUCAGCUCAUUCCCCAACGGUGGCUUCAAGGCGACUGCCUAUGGGCCAUCCUGUGCCCAGGUAAUGUCGGGCACGGCCAUCACCGACCAGAGCGAGGACUGCCUCAGCCUGAACAUUUGGGCCCCGCAACAGGGUACCAAGCAUCCUGUGUUUGUCUAUAUUUAUGGUGGUGCCAUGGUCACCGGGGGCAGCAGCAAUGCCCAAUGGCAAGGGUCUAACUUUGCCCGCAAGGAUGUUAUCUACGUCAACUUUAAUUACCGUGAGAGCAUCUAUGCCUCGCCAAAUGCACCUGAACUGCAGGGACAGUCCCAGAAUUUUGGAAUCAUGGACGUGGAGUUGGCCAUGGAGUGGAUUUACAACAAUAUUGAGGCUUUCGGAGGUGAUAAGUCGCGCAUCGUGCUGGGUGGCCAUUCAUCUGGUGGAGUGCACGUUGAUCACUAUCUCUGGAACCACCCAGAGACCUUUCUGGCCGGUGCGAUCGAGAUGUCUGCCAACGCCCAAUCGGGUCCUGGCUACGCGGGCGCAGGGGUUGCGAUGAAGCAGGUGGUCCAGACAAUGCUGGAUGCUGGCGUGACUUUGGGUUGUACCGCUGAGGACUACACUCUCGAGUGCCUGCGCGGAGCAGAUACGUACGCCUUCCAGACGAGCGACUUCAACUCCACCUUGAACACCUGGUUCUCGCCAGCAGUGGACGAGAUCACCCGUUUCUCCAACUACGCCGACCGCUUCGUCCAGGGAUACUACCCUAAAUCACUGCCGUUGAUCGUCGGCAACUCCGAUCAGGAGGGCGAGAUCUUCGGCUAUGUCUACGGCAGCGAGAACACCAACUUUUCGUCCUGGGUUCGCACUUUUGACGCCGACCUUGCCUUUGUGCCCGCAGCCGAGCUCCUAGCCGGCUAUAACGAGGCCGACUACUCCUCCGUCUCCCAGAUGAGCGGUGCCUCUUACGGCGACGCGCGCUUCCUCUGCGCGACCGACUACCUGCUGGACUUGCGCGCAGGCGAGCAACCCACCUGGAUCUACCGUUGGUUCGGCGAUUACUCGAACGUGCUGCCGAUCCCCAAUCUCGGACCCUCGCACGGCAGCGAGGUGCCCUUUUUCCACGGCGGCAAUGAAUGCUUCUCCCUGCUGGACGGCGUGACUGAGGCGGAGCAGCAGCUGGCGGACUCCAUGAACUCUUGGUUUGUCGAGUGGGUCAAGAACCCGAGCGCUGGGCCUGGCUGGGAGCAGGCCAAGCCUGUUGAUGGUCCCCUGGGGCGCGUGGGUGUGCCUGGACACGAGGAGGAGAUUGUGACGAGCACGACUGGCGUUUAUAACGGUCGUUGCCAGAAACUCUACAAGCCCAACUAUCCCAACUAUCCUGUGGUGUGGAACACUAGUGCUUGA